GUGUGAGAUGUUCUUCGAAUGCAUUAGAAUUACCCCAAUUAGCGGCUGGCAACGGCGGUUACAAUAAAUUUGGAAACAUUGAUGCUAGUAGGCAUUACUCGUCAUCGCCACUCGACCCUUCGGGGGGCGAGAUCGGCACAAAAAACGAUCCUUCUUCCUCCAAAUCCACGAAACCGUCGCCGUCUUCGAUGGAUGAAUGGAAUUUUUUGUUUGAUGAUGUCACCGGCGAAUAUCGUAAAAACAACCCAGACGAAAGACCUCGGCGAAGAUCGGCGUUGUUGAACGAGUUCCUGAAAUCGAAGCGAAAUUCCCGGUCGCCUGGUGGAACGCGUGACAAUUCACCUUCAAGAAGAUCUCGGGAAAAAUCUUCCCCUCCCGGUUUUCAAAGUUAUGCACCACCGCGGCAUCACGAUGGAUACUAUAGACCGCAAGGAUCCUCCGUUUCACGCGUCGACCCAUAUUCCAGGAACUCUUCCCGACCGGAGAGAACGCAUCAAUCAGGGGACACCGCUUACCAUAGGCUAGAUAAGUUACCACCGUCAAUAGACCCUUAUAGAUUUGGAAAGACGUCACCGGUACCUGGAGGUAAGGACGACGUUUCGUCUGAAGAUGAAUACCCGUGCAUACAAAGAUUGAUGUCGAGUACCGACAAGGAAUCAUUUAAAAGAAUGUUUUCAAAAUUGUUUGAUCAGCCCAAACCCAGUGCGAACAAGGCCAACGCUGUAGCACCCGCAAUAUCAAAAUCCAAGUCGUCAAACAACACGAAAUUGACGGAACCGUUGACAAAUAACAUAGGUCUCAUUGAAAAGCACUUGUCGGAAUUUGCAGAAAGGACGCCAUCGUCUUCAUCACAGAAUGAUGGUCGUGGCAAGGAUACCACAGAAAGGUUGACACACAAAGAAUCAGAUCACGCGAAGUGGCUGAGAGAACAUUACGAAUUUCUUCCCUCGCUGUCUUCUAUAACUGAAAAAUUGAAAUUAUACAAUUUGGCGAUGCCACAAAAAGAUGUGAAAGAAAUAUUUAAAAAAGAAAUAUCGAAAUGUCAAUCACUCGAACAAUUACGUGAUAUCAUAUUUCUGCAGAUAUUUGGUGGCAAGGUAUCGGCGAAUCGCGCUGACACUGGUGAUUCUCACAAUUCUUCCUCGGGCGCAUCCUCAGCUACUGAAUCAAAAUCUCACGUGCUAGACGAUGCCGGCCUGCCGAUUCCGUCAAAAUACUCUUCACUACUCCAAGAAGCCAUCUCCGCAUGUCAUACCCUUUUCAACGAUCCUUACUUGGCAUUCUCCAUAUUAGAGCAGACCAAACGACGGGGCAUGAUUUCCUACGUGCUCGGCUGUAGUACAGAAGUGUACAACGAGUUAAUACUGGUCAGGUGGAAUUGCUGGAGAGACUUAUGUGGCAUUGAAGAGUUGAUGAACGAGAUGGUUUCAAACGGGAUUGACUUUGAUCAACAAACUUUCCACAUUGUAAAUAAUGUGAUCUCUAAGGAGAUAUAUGGCGGUGGUGACGGGAAAGACGUGGAAGUCAGGCGGAAGAGAUUCGAAAGGUGGGAUGAGGUCGACAUGGAGGCUGUCAGGAACAUUAAAAGGAUUUUAAGCGUCUGGGGCAAAAACUAA